UCAGGUGAAUCUUCGAAAGUCUGAUUAGGAUCGCAGCUAUAAGUAAUCUUUUUUUUCAGAAAGUGCGAUGUUACUUCUAAGAGGAGAAUGUAAAUUGCGUAGAAAGCCAUUCGCCACACUACGGGAUCUCUGCCCGCCUCCAAAAGUGGACGGUAUUACGUCCUGGGCGUAGACUGGGUAGGCUUCACUUCCUGUAACCUUCGUUCUGCGAAAAGAUCAGCCGGUGGUCUGAAGCGAAUUCACCUCCGCAAAAAUGGCAAGUGAACCUGAUACUACUGAAGUGCGGGAACAGCACCAAUUUUGCCAGGGAGCUUUGGAGGAAUACCUUUGCCGCUCCCUGCCUGGGUUUCCCGUGGAGCCUUGCGAAGUUCUCACGAUCAGGCAAUACAGCUCUGGACAAUCAAACCCCACCUUUUACUUGAAGAAAGGACUUAAAACCUACGUACUUAGAAAGAAGCCUUAUGGCCCUCUCCUACCUCAGGCUCACAAGAUUGACAGAGAAUAUUGGAUUCAGAAAGCUUUGUUUGCAGCUGGGUUUCCGGUUCCUGAACCUCUUUUAUAUUGCAGUGAUGUUUCAGUGAUUGGAACAGAAUUUUAUAUGAUGCAACAUAUUAAGGGUCGCAUCUUCCGAGAUAUCACAUUACCUGAAGUAGGCCCAGCAGAAAGAUCUGCUUUGUAUAUAGCAAUAGUAGAAACUCUUGCAAAGCUGCACUCCUUCAAUGUUAAUUCAUUAGGCCUCCAGGACUAUGGACGAGGAACAGGUUACUGUAAGAGGCAGGUAUCAACUUGGAUGAGGCAAUAUCAGGCAGCCACUCAUAUCCACAUUCCAGUUAUGACCGAAUUAUCCGAAUGGUUAAUGAGCAAUUUACCUGAUGAUGAUAAUGAAAUUACUUUGAUCCAUGGUGACUUUAGAAUAGAUAACAUCAUCUUUGAUCCAAGAGAGGCCCGUGUCGCGGCAGUGUUGGAUUGGGAACUUUCAACUUUAGGCCAUCCUCUUGCAGACUUGGCUUAUACUCUUGCGUUUUGCUUUUGGCCCAGAACCCUCAAACCUAUAAAAAUGCUUAAUUUACAGAAUGUAAACAGCAUUGCUGGAAUUCCUUCCUCUGAAGAACUGAUCACAAUUUAUUCUCGAUUCAGGGAUACCUGUACUUCUCCAUAUAAUCUUAAUUUUUUCCUUGCUCUUUCAUAUUUUAAAUUGGCUUCAAUAAGCCAGGGCAUAUAUGCCAGAUAUCUCCUGGGUAAUUCCUCUGCAGAAAACAGUUUGGAGUUCAGCAGUGUAGUGAGACCUCUGGCUGAAGUUGGAUUACUGGUAGCAAAAAAAAUAACUUUCAACACUGGCUCACCUCUUUGCAAUUCUGGAGAAUUAUUCCAGCAGUCCAUAGAGGGGAAGAAAAUCCUUCAGAAAAUGAAGGAUUUCAUGAAAAAGCACAUUUUUCCAGCUGAAAAAGAAAUAGUUGAGUAUUACGCCAGAAAGAAAAAUUCACCAGAUAUAUGGAGAAAACCUGGUGUCAUGGAGAUACUCAAGGAAAAGGCCAAAGCAGAAGGUCUCUGGAACCUUUUCCUGCCAGCUGUUAGUGGUCUUAAUCAAUUGGACUAUGCACUAAUAGCAGAAGAGACUGGGAAGUGCUUCUUUGCUCCUGAAGUAAUCAAUUGUCAUGCACCAGACACAGGAAAUAUGGAGGUUCUAUACUUGUAUGGGACAGAAGAACAGAAGAAACAAUGGCUGGAACCUCUUCUGGAAGGAAAAAUUAGUUCUUGUUUUUGCAUGACAGAACCUGAUGUUGCAUCAAGUGAUGCCACCAAUAUGAAGUGUAACAUUCAGAGAGAUGGAGACAGCUACAUAAUCAAUGGCAAAAAGUGGUGGAGCAGUGGAGCUGGAAAUCCCAGCUGCAAGUUUGCUAUUGUAAUGGGCAGAGAUAAAACUACUUCGGCAUCCAGAUAUAAACAGCAUAGUAUGAUUAUUGUGCCAAUGGAUACACCUGGAGUGAAACUUAUAAGGCCUCUUUCAGUCUUUGGGUAUUUUGAUUAUUUUCAUGGUGGACAUUUUGAAAUACAUUUUAAUGAUGUUCGAGUCCCUGCCACUCAUCUGAUACUGGGAGAGGGAAGAGGAUUUGAAAUAGCUCAAGGACGACUUGGACCGGGCCGUAUUCAUCACUGUAUGAGAUCAAUUGGAGCAGGUGAAACUGCUCUGCGGAUCCUGUGUGAGCGAUCAGCCCAAAGGGUCACAUUUGGGAAGAAACUCUAUCAUCAUGAAGUUGUUGCUCACUGGAUUGCUGAGUGCCGCAUUGCUAUUGAACAGGCAAGGCUACUUACACUGAAAGCGGCUAAUAAAAUAGAUGCCAUGGGCAAUAAAGCAGCCAGGAAAGAGAUUGCUAUGAUCAAAGUGGUGGCACCCCGAGCAGUCCUUAAGGUGAUAGAUUGUACUAUUCAAAUUUGUGGUGCUGCUGGAUUCUCAGAAGAUUUCCCAUUGGCUCAAAUGUUUGCCUAUAUUCGGACUUUGCGUGUGGCAGAUGGGCCUGAUGAAGUUCAUCUCUCAGCAAUUGCAAAAUUAGAAUUGCUUGACCAAGCCAGGCAAAUGAAUGCACACCUAUAACAACUAUUUUAUUUUGUGAUGGCAGUGAAAAAUCCAAACUUUCCUCCACACAGCAUUUUUCUUAAAAUUAAGUAUAACACCUAAAGAGGAACAUUCCAAAAAAUAAAGCAAAACCUUGAUUAAAUUUUA